UCGCCGUUUGGGGAGCCGCAGCGGAGGCUCGUCGGUUCCCAGCCGACCUCGACGCCCGCUCCCCAGGAAGCCGGGUACAGCGCCCCCCGGAGGCCAUGGGGAGGCAGUGGGGGCCCGCCAUGAAGGUGGCCGAGCAGGUGGGCUGCGUCGUCAGCGCCUCCCGAGCCGGCCAACCCGAGACGGGCUCGUGGAGCUGCAGCGGGGUGAUCCUGAGUCGCGGCCCGGGCCUGGUGCUGUGCCACGGAGGCAUCUUCACCCCUUUCCUGCGGGCCGGCAGCGCAGUGCUGACCGCGGCCGGCACCACCUUCCUGCCCGGCGACAGUUGUGCCGACGACCUGCGCCUCCAAGUUCAGUGGGGCCCCAUGGCCGCGGGGCCCGACGUCCGCUCGGAGCGGGGCGGCCCGCGGCUGUGUUCGCCUCAGUGCGCCGGCGCCCCGGCCCGGCCCCGCGGCCGCUCCCUGCAGCCCCCGCGGCCGGCCGAGCUGCUGCUGCUGCUGAGCUGCCCGGCCUUCCGGGCCCACUUCGCGAGCCUCUUCGGGGGCGAGGCGGCCGACCAGUGGCGUUUCGCCAGCGCGGCGCCGGACGACGAGUUGUCGGAGGACGAGGAGGAGGACCAGCUGCGAGCCCUGGGCUGGUUCGCGCUGCUGCGCGUGCGGCCGAACCCCGACGAGGCGGAGCCGGAGGAGGCGGAGGCGGAGGCGGAGGAGCGCAGGCCCGCCGUGGCCGUGGCGCCGCUGGGAGCUGUGCCCAAGGGCGCGCCGCUGCUGGCCUGCGGGUCCCCGUUCGGGGCCUUCUGCCCGGACAUCUUCCUCAACACGCUGAGCCGCGGGGUGCUCAGCAACGCCACCGGCCCGCUGCUGCUCACCGACGCGCGCUGCCUGCCCGGCACCGAGGGCGGCGGCGUGUUCGCCGCGAGGCCGGCGGGGGCGCUGGUGGCGCUGGUGGUGGCGCCGCUGUGCUGGAAGGCGCGGGAGUGGGUGGGCCUCACGCUGCUGUGCGCCGCCGCCCCGCUGCUGCACCUCGCGCGCGCCGCGCUCGGCCGCCUGAGCCCCGCCGCCGCCGCCGCCCUGGCCCCCCUCCUGCCCCCCGAGGUGGGGGUCCCGCCGGGCCUCCCCCUGCGAGACCCCGGGCCCCGCUACGCAGCCUCGGCCGUGCUGGUGGAGUGCGGCACCGUGUGGGGCUCCGGAGUGGCCCUGACGCCCCGGCUCGUGCUGACCUGCCGACAUGUGGCCCCCCGGGAGGAGGCCAGGGUCCUGGUGCACUCCGCCACCCCCAAAGAAUUCAAGAGGGAAAGGGAGAUAGAGAGGGAGAGAGAGACUCCUGCGGCACCACUCCUGAAGCUUCCUCCCCGCAGGAGUGCCCAGAUCUGGGGAUAUGUGAUGUUUGCCACCCAGGAGAUGUCUCCCUAUGACAUAGCUGUGGUGAGGCUAGAGGAAGACCUGGAUGGGGUCCCUAUGCCUGUGCCCACUGAGCAGUUCCAUGAAGGUGAGGCUGUCAGUGUGGUGGGCUUCGGUGUCUUUGGCCAGGUGUGCGGACCCUCAGUCACCUCAGGCAUUCUGUCGGCUGUGGUGCAGGUGGAUGACACACCAGUGAUGCUGCAGACCACGUGUGCUGUGCACGGAGGCUCCAGUGGGGGACCCCUCUUUUCCACCUGCUCAGGGGAUCUCCUGGGUAUCGUCGCCAGCAACACCCGGGAUAACAAUACAGGGGCCACCUAUCCGCACCUGAACUUCAGCAUUCCCAUCACUGUGCUCCGGUCUGCCCUGCAGCAGUACAGCCAGACAGGGGAGCUGGGUGGCUUCCGAGAUCUGAACCACGUUGCUGAACCCGUGAGGGUGGUAUGGCGGCUGCAGCGGCCCCUGGCUGACACCCCGAGAAGCAAGCUCUGAGCCCACAUCUCCCCUCUGUAGAGAAGAGUGGCCUUGCUGUGGGAAGUGCUGAAGCUGGCAGCUCAUUACCCUGUCAUGGGGAUCCCACUGGGCUGCCUCCCUGUCACCACCCACUUCACUUGGCUGUGGAAUCAGAAUCAAGCUUCUGGAGAGAUGCUAAUGGGGUUCAGGGUUGGGCCUGGAAGCCAGUGUUAGAGUGACCGGGAUGUCCCCAGCCCCAUCUAUGUUAAGGCCUUGGGGUGGGUGGGGUUUGGAGAGUUCAGCCUUCUGGAAAGGUCUCCGACCUGUCCAGCAGUCUGCUUCAGGGUAUCUUCUUGAGUUCCCUUCUGUUCCCCUGAUACUAGACUCAGCUCUGUUAUUUCCCCCCUGGGGAGCCCCGUACAACCACACAGCAGUCUCGGUGCUGGCAGACAUACUGGCUGCACGGCCAGCUCAGCCCCAGUUUCAAGUUGGUUCCUACUCUCUGGCACUGGCCACAUGGAGCCGCAGCCAGUCUGGGAACUUGGCUCAUCUCUGUUCUCAGAAUCAUUCUGACAGAGAACACUGUGACUUCCUCAAAAAACAACAGGCCGAGUUCUGAAGGCCAGAGAGGAAAGGAAAGGAAGCAGGGACAUUUAGCUCCCUGUUUUGCCAAAGUCAGGAUUCCUGGGUUUCAUCCUUAAGGUGUCACUGACCAAUAGGUCACAGUGCCUUAAUUUCUAGACUGUAAAAUGGUUAUUGGAGGGGGGUGGGGUGGGCAGGGUGGUAGAACUGUUCACUUGGGGUUUGGGAGUAAAUAGGACUUACUGGAGAACAUACAUGAUGUCUGCGCAUCAGAUUUUUUCUUUGUUUCAAGAGUUGAACCAGGACUAGACAAGCACCAGGAAUAGAAAUACAUAUUUUCUGUGCUGCUGCUUUGAGUGGGGAGAGGCCAUCCCAUGGGACACUGUCAUGCCAGGAUGGUCCUGACAGCUGGUUGUGGUACCUGUCAGCACUGGGUGGGGGUCUGGGCCUGGUAGCAAGUGUUCUCAGAGUUCCCAGGCCUGUGAAAGGCUAAGGGUGGGUGGGAUUGUGUGUGUGUGUGUGUGUGUGUGUGUGUGUGUGUGUGUGUGUAUGGGGGGGGCUCAAAGAUACAUGACGUGCACCUGGGUGGUAGCACAGGCUUAGAGCUCCUGACUUCAGAGCAUGAGGUCCAGAGCUCGUCCUCAGUACUGCGCGUGCAUAUGAUUUCUCCUUAGUGAAAUAAAUCUUACGGGUGGGGAAGAUAGGGCAUUGUGGUUAUGCAAAGAGAAUUUUAUGCCUGAGUUCCCAGGUCCCACGCUCAAUCCCUCACACCACCGUAAGCUAUACUCUAGGUGAAAAAUAGGGUGGAUGAGUGAAGCUGCAGCUCCUAAGAAAUAAGAGCAGCCCUGCUAGCUGCAAGUCAGGAAUAGACAUGCUAUGCCCAGGGCCCUGGACCUGUGGGACCCUCAAAGCAAAGCAAACCCCAAACCUGUUAAACCAUUGGCAGCUUGAGUUAAUUCUAAGCAAAGAAUUGCUGCAUGUGGUUUUCUUAAAAGUCAUUUUGUUGAAAAGUCA